GAGAGAGAGUGAGGGAGAGAGGUGUGAACCAUUAAUUCGAUGCCGGAUACUUAAAGGGCAAGUUUCAUGGUUUAGGAGGAGCGAUGAGGGCUAAUUGUAAGCAACGUGCUCGUGUGGCAUUCUCGAAUCCCGAUUCCUCUUUUCUCUUUCUGACUCAGAGUCUCAAGUCCCCAUAUAAUGCAUCUAUAAAUAUGGGGGUGUUAAGAGUAGUUAUGCAGGGGACUAGGAUUCUUGUACUCUGGGUCUGAGAGGAAGCUUCUUCUGAAAGCUUGGAGGCUAAAUGGGGGCAGAGGAACUACAGGGCUCCAUGGCCAAGAAUGAAAGGAGGGCACCUCUCAUCCUCGGACUUCAACCUUCUGCCAUUCUCGAUCAUGUCGCCAGGGUGGAUUGGUCUUUACUGGACCAGAUUCCUGGAGAGAGGGGUGGUUCUCAGCUGGUUGCUACUGAAGAGCUGGAGCAUUUAUUGAAUGAGCUGAAAACCCACAUUCCCCCAACCCCUGAUGAUCCAUCUCCCAUCAAAACAAUAGCCGGUGGUAGUGUAGCUAAUACGAUCCGAGGUCUGACUGUGGGAUUUCAUAUCACAUCUGGAAUAAUUGGGGCUUGUGCAGAUGAUGAGCAAGGCAACUUGUUUGUACAUAAUAUGAGCUCCAAUGGAGUGAACCUCUCAAGAUUGAGGUCGAAAAAGGGACCCACUGCACAAUGUGUUUGUUUGGUCGACGCAGGGGGCAACCGGACUAUGCGACCCUGUUUCUCCAAUGCUGUUAGACUUCAGUCAGAUGAAUUAACUACAGAAGAUUUUAAAGGUUCCAAGUGGUUGGUGAUGAGAUACGCAAUUUCCAAUUUGGAAGGUAUUCGUGCGGCUGUUAGGACUGCUAAACAAGCGGGAGUUUGUGUCUCCAUGGAUUUGGCCAGUUUUGAGAUGAUUCGAAACUCCAAGCCACAGCUUCUAGAAUUACUUGGAUCGGGGAACAUUGACCUCUGUUUUGCCAAUGAGGAUGAAGCUAAUGAGCUGCUAAGGGGCGAGCAAAAUACUGGUCCAGAGGCUGCUGUGGGGUUCCUGGCCAAUCAUUGCCAAUGGGCUGUGGUUACACUAGGCCCUAAUGGAUGCAUAGCAAAGCAUGGGAAAGAGAUGGUCAGAGUUCCAGCCGUAGGGGAGACACCGGCAAUUGAUGCAACUGGAGCAGGUGACCUCUUUGCAAGUGGUUUCUUGUAUGGGUUAGUGAAAGGGCUGCCUCUCGAAGACUGCUGCAAAGUGGGCUCCUGUAGUGGUGGUUCUGUCAUCCGUUCACUUGGGGGUGAGGUUACGCCAGAGAACUGGCAAUGGAUGUAUAAGCAAAUGGAAGUAAAAGGCCUCCCACUUCCUCAUUUCAGCAAGCCCUAAGUACAGAUCAAGGUGUUCAUCUCAAUACUUUCUGAGGAAGACUAACACGGCUGCUCGGCUUUUGAUUUUAUUUGGAUUUUGUGGUUUUAGUUUACUUUUUAUUUCUAACAGUUAGCUCUGAAAGUUACAGAAUUGGAGAGCCCAUGUGCAAUGGUAUUCAUCCAUUUUUAUCCAUUACUAGGAGGCAUUUAGUACAAGAUGUACAACGUUUUAUUGUUGAGUUCAUAGUUAGUUAUGUCAAGUCUUCAAGGUAUGCAGCAUCAAUCUGGAUCAUCCAAUUGAUGAAGGCUAGGUUACUGUUUACUGCUUAAAAUCUUUUUGAUUGCUAGCCCUUGAUUAUGUGGAUGCUAGCUAUUGUAGUACAUAAUUAUUAAAUAGUUA